AUGUCCUCCAGCACACUGUCCAACAUCUGCUCGUCUGGUUGUUUUGAAAUCGGUAUUUUGGACGACGAAAGCUUGAGUGGACACGAAUUGGCACAUUUGAUCUCAUCUAGCAAGGAUCAACUCGAAAAUACAGCACCGUUCCUUGAUCUCACAUCCUCUUCAAGCGAUAUGCAUUUCCAUCGGUCAUCCAAAGGACCCGGAAACCCAAUUAAGCCGGCAAAUGCGCCACCAGAAUCUCAUCGCAAAUGCUGGGAUAACAAUUUUGAUGAUGAACGGCCUUCGACAUCCCGCGCUCCUUCGCCUAGUGGUUUUCGCCCCUUUGAACGUGUUCUUUCCACCCACCAGAACAGACCUUCUGGGAUAGAAAUUCAUCGCCGCGAUUCAAAACAAAACUCUGCCCGCCGCCCUGUCGUCGGUCAUAAAAUCAUGCUUGAUAAUAAUUCGAUGAUCGGCAAAGCUAUAGCUGGUAUCAGGGCCGAAGAUCGUUCAAAUAGUAUGCAGCCUUCUACUUCAAAACAAUCACACAGUAUCAAAGGUGCCGCCGCAAAAGCCGAGCCGAAACUAGGAGACGGAAAAGGCAAGGCUAAAGCUAUCUCUUCACACGAACCAAUUGACUUGACUGGAGAAUGCGAAGAAGACAAACCCGUCUCGCAUGAGAAGCAACUCGAGGAAGCCUUCAAGCCAAUCUUCGGAACUGUCCAGCUCGAUGCGGAAUCUGACGACGACGACGGUUUCUUACUCAAAGCCAAGAGGAUCGAAUCCAUGCAAGGAAAGAAUUCCAAGAACAGUAGUAAAUCAAUCCUUCGCCAACCAAACAGAUGUGAUCCGGACAAAACCACAACCAUCUCCCGGACGCCAUGUGUAAAACUCAAGAAAAUCAAGUUUCGAAGUUCUUUAGCCGUUUUUGACGGCCCCGCAUUUUCGGUUAAACUGACUCUGUCAUGUUGCCAGAAAAAGCUAAUGUUUAUUCAGGAAGGUCCGCCAAAAAGCAAACAGUACGCAUGCGUGAAAAUAAAUGUCGAACACUUCAAACAUUUCUUAUUGGAUCCUGGGGCGGGACAACCUUAUCAGCUAAUUAUAAAAUUUGACAAAGACGUUGAUGGCCAGGAUGAAUUCAGAGAAUUCAUUAAGCUCCGAAACGUUGAACCGCUGCCGGGCCCGGAUUUUAAUGCAUGUUUGGUAGAAGUCUUUGAUGCGUCAUGUAAUGAUACUAUUAAAGAACUUCUCCACUUACUCCCCAAAGAUAAGGCUGAUACAGCUGAAAAAAUAUCCCACUUUCGUUUCCCUGAGGAUCCCUGUUCAGACGGCGAUUAUCCUGAGUCCAGCGCGAAGCCUGAAACAUCUUCCCCUCGACGCAUCGCUACAUGCCCCCGAACAUCGCUACUUAAACCAGAUCGCCCUUACCAGCCCCACUCGACUGCCACCCUUAAAUUGCCUAGUCUACCCCCCUCAGUAUACCAAAAGAACAGCACGAAUCAAAUAUCCCGGCAAGAAGACUCACAUGUCUCGAAUCCAACCCUCGCGCAGUUUGACGACCUGGAGUGGCAAGGUGGCAAAGCCACUCUCGACGCCAGGGAGAAAUUCCAGGAUGGGAAGUUGGCCGUUCGAUACAAUACUAGGAAUAAACAACCUCGGUCAUCGAUUCAACUGCCAGGUAAUCCUCGCCCCGAACUUCCACUAGGAUCAUCUACCGCCGGCGUUGAUUCAGACAUCGUCCUAGUCUGGCCUUUCGAAAGUGAUCGUCACUCCCAAUCCGUUGCAAUCACCAGAGGAGAUCUCAAUCGCCUCAACGAGGGCGAGUUUCUGAAUGAUACUCUGAUCGAAUUCGGGCUUAUAUGGGAAUUGAGUCAGAUUCGCAAACGCAACCCGGAGCUGGUUACUUCAAUACAUUUAUUCAACUCAUUUUUCUUCCAGAAGUUAAGUGGCUGUAAGUCUAAGGAAAAAACUGCAGCUGUUGAAGCGGCGGAAGCCUACGCUGGUGUCAGAAAAUGGACAAAAGGAAUAGACGUAUUUAAAAAAGAUUUUCUUGUGAUACCGAUCAAUGAGCAUAUGCAUUGGUAUUUCAUGAUUGUUUCAAAUCCGGGGAAGUUACUAGAUCCCCAGAUAUAUAUACCCGAGACCAAUCCUGCCGCCUUUUCUUCACCAAGGAAAACUCGCUUUUCGCACAAAUCUGAAGAUUCUGUCGCCAAGCAAACAUCCCCGACUACGCCGCCGCAAUCCGAAUGUUUCAAGGCGUCCCGGUUCUUUUCAUCACACCUUGACAGUGCUAACUCGGCACUAGUGAAACUGGAUACUGCGGCAGAAGAAAUGGUGGCUGAUGAUCCCAACAUGAAGGUCGAUGUCGAACACUCGGUUCAAGCACUUCGACACAUGGAGCUCGACGAUCAGAGAAGCUUUGCUCACGAUGGUGCGACGAAUGCCGAAUCCAUCACUGAUGAUUUCAAGGACGACAUAAAAUUGCCGUACGUUUUCACCCUGGACUCGCUGGGUACUGCUCACACACCUCAAUCCAGAACAAUUUUGAGGUACUUGAUCAACGAGGCUAAGGAUAAACUCGACAAAUCGCUGCCCGAAAGCCUGGUGAAAUCCAUAACAAUCAAGAAAGCACCAGUGCCCGAGCAACCAAACUUUUGUGAUUGUGGUCUCUAUUUAAUCCAUGCCUUCAAGACAUUCUUCAAAGAGCCUGCGACAAAGCUGAGAUGGAUACUGGAUUACAACAGCAAGAAAGGAACAAAGGAUCAACGGCAAACCGAAAUCUGUGAGGUUUGGGAUGCUGCGGGUGCUGCGCAAGCUCGGCAAACACUCAGAAAGCAAGUAAAUGACCUUGUGCCCCAGUACGAAGAAAUAGUCCGACAGCGCACUAAGGCUGCUGCUGAAAAGAAGGAGCUAGCCCGGACCCGUAAACUUUCCUCCACCGAUGGGCCUCAGACCUCCAACCACGACUCGGCCAAAAAACAGCGUUUGGAUCCUGAGCAGAAAGCUCAAGCCACCUAUGUCUCUUCACGCAGCGUGGUUUCUCGUGUCGGCAGUCCGGUGCGACCCAAGUGUAAUACCAAUCGCUUGCUUGAAAAGAGCUCGAACUCUCACGCGGAAAAAGAUGAUCUGUACCAGCAAUUUUGUAAUCCGAAUGCAGCCAAGCCUAUCUCGCCCUCCCCCAGUGCCGAUCAACACUCCGACAUCAUCGUGAAGACUCCACCUGAGGCUAUUCCGGUGGAACACGCGACGUUCGAGGCAGUCGACACUCGAUCGGUCACCCCGGACGAAGAUUUAAUAAUCAUGGGGCCGGUCUCCAUGCGGAGUCCGCACACACCGGAAGACCCGCCCUCACUCGAUCAGAAACUGAGUGAACCAAAGGUAAAUGUGAAUCCCGCGGAGAAAAUAUGUUUAGAUCCCCAAAGCCCUGAGCCGACUACGCCUCCAGAGAACCCCCCGGAUUAUGAUGGAGAAGCAAUGCACCAGGACCCUAAGCCUCGUUCUAGCUCGCCUUUGAGUGAAGCAGAACCUUCCAUCCAAGCUGCUUCCCCCCAGGCAGUUCCUUCAUCUAGAAGAAACAGUCCAGAAGAGAACCAUACGAUCGGAUCGCACAAGUCUUCGAACUCUCGCCAAGUCGCAAGGUCCCGUACGUCUCAACACCGCAAAAAGAAGUCCACCAAACGUCACCCGACUCCCUACAAUUAUCCCAACUAUGAGUUGAACUCUUAUCAUUCAGACCACAACAAUCCCAGACACAAAAAUCGCCGUCAGAGCAACAAUAACCAACCAAACCGCCACUAUCCCAACAACAUCCAAAAAACCCAUCACACCCGGAGCAUCCAAAACCACCGCUCAAACCACAACAGACAUGACCCAAACGACAGCCACAAUCACCACGACAGCCACAAUCACAACGACAGCCACAAUCACAACGACAGCCACAAUCACAACGACAGCCACAAUCACAACAACAGCCACAACGACAACGGCAACCACGAGCAAAACUAUCACCACAACAACUCCGCUGCUACUGCUGAUAUCCAAUCUAGUCAAACUCAAGGAACCUCGCUCUUCCCACUGGUGGUGGAUGAAUAA